AUGUUUAUGCUCCGGAGCAUCUUCGGCAAAAUCUGGGGUGAUCAAGACAACGUCGAGCUGAUCCAGAUUCCCGCCGGAGCUCUGUAUCUGGUGCGCCCCUCCAGCGUAAAGGGCUCUCGAGAAUGCAUCUACAAAGAUGCAGUCGCUACCAUCCGCCGUACCUCGACUGAGCACAACUACCAGCUUGUGGUCACUAGAGCGUACGACGAAGGGGAGCAACAGCUCCUGGACGAAGACGAGGAAAGCGAUGAUGAGAGGUCGUUCUUGAUCGACCGGUCGCUGGAGUUCAGGGCAGCGACGUCUUCAGAAGGCGAUCCGACUUUUACCUGGAAAGACGUGUCCGGCGUAGGCGACUCUGAUGAUCUCUUGGAGUUCGCCAUGGACGAUGCCCAAGUCAACUCAGUCACCAGGAGCAUAUUCGAGGUCACCUUCUUGCAGUGCGUGUAUGAGCGAAAGUUCGGGGCGAGCCACGAUCAGGCUUCGGACGAGGAUCUGGACAAGCUCAAGUGGAAGGGUCCGGCGGCAGCUGUAGCGCCAGUACAGAGCAUCUACCCAGCUGCUCCGAGUACAGACCAAGAGGAUCUGGCCAGAGAGAUUGAGGAAUUGACCGUCAAGGACAAGUCGCCGAUCAAAGCAACUACCACGCCCAAGAGCAGCGCCAAGAAACCAAAGGCGAAAGCUGUGACCCCGUCCAAGCCUACUGUGCCAGCUGCGCCCGAGGAAUCAUUCCCUGUGCAGGGGGAGCCCGACAUCCUCCUCGAGACAGAAGCAGACCUGUACCUCUACGAUCAGACCAAUGGUCUGUUCAUGAGCCAGGAGAAGGGAGUCAAAGUCGAAGUCGCGGAAGCAGGACGCUUUAUCUACUGGCUUUCCAUCUCCUCUUCUACUCGGCGGUGGCUAUCCCAGCGACUCGAGGGCUCCAUGAACAUUAACUUUGCUUCGGACUCACUGUCUGCUGUGUGGAACUACUUUGACCAGGAGAGGAGGUGCUAUUCGUGGCUCUUGCGGUUCAGGACAAAGGAGGACUACGAAGCCUACCAGCGCGGCUUUGCCAAGUUGAUGUGGGAGACUCUCAACGAGGAGAAGUGGGAAAAGGCGAAGACCGACGAUCAAAAGUACAUGACGGACGCGUACGAGGAUGACGUCGAGAUGGCCGCUCCCGAGGAAGAAGGGACCGACUCGGAGACGGAGGCAGAGAGGGAAGUGGACAGGUACAGGAGAGACGACGACGAGGCUCGUCAAGUGGACCAAAGCCUGGAGGACCUGCUAGAAGAGGAUGAAGAUGAGGCCGAAGACGAUGCCAAGAACGUUGGCGAUGCGCCUGCUGGCAUGCCUGUCGAGAGCAACGACCGCGAUCAGAACUCUCAGCUGGCGGUAGGAUACAAAUUUGAUCGCUCGUUCGUCGUCCGAGGCAACAAGAUCGGAGUGUUCAAGCAUACUGAAGACGACCAAUUGGAGUUCGCCACUACCAUCAGCAACAUCAAGACGGGCAAGGGCAAGUCGUUCAAUCCUCGCAAGGUGAUGCUGCAUGACCAAGACUCGGCAAUGGUCAUGAUGGACCCGUCCAACCAACACUCGCUAUUCAAGAUGGACCUCGAAUACGGCAAGAUCGUCGACGAAUGGAAGAUCCAUGAUGAUGUACCGGUCAACAACGUCGUCCCGAACUCCAAAUUUGCCCAGACGACUGCAGAACAGAUGCUGAUUGGUCAUUCCGACAAUGGCAUCUUCCGAAUCGACCCCAGGCUGGGUGGCAACAAGAUGGUCGAUUCGCAAUUCAAGCAGUACGUCACCAAGAACAAGUUCUCCUCGGCUGCCACGGACGAGAAGGGUAGACUGGCCGUAGCCAGUGCCAAGGGUGAAUUGCGUCUGUUCGAUCAGAUUGGCAAGAAUGCAAAGACGGCUUUGCCUGCCUUGGGAGAUCCCAUCGUGGGCGUGGACGUGACUGCCGAUGGACGCUACGUGGUGGCCACCUGCAAGACCUAUCUGUUGUUGAUCGAUACCCUGAUCGGAGAUGGACGCUACAAGGGCGAGCUAGGCUUCGAUCGCUCCUUCCCCAAGGAGAGCAAGCCCAUCCCCCGAAGACUGCAGCUGAAGCCACACCACGUGGCCUAUAUGGACCAGGAGAUUUCCUUUACCCCCGCCCGCUUCGACACUCCCGCGAGCGGACACGGCGAGACGUCCAUUGUGACAGGUACUGGAUCCUACAUUGUCUCUUGGCCUCUAGAGCGCGUCAAGAAGGGUCGUACAGACGGGUACACCCUACGUAAGAUGGGCGACGUGGUGGUAGAGGACAACUUUGCCUUUGGCAACUCGAACAACAUCAUCGUCGCCAUGCCGCAGGAUUUGCAACUGCAUAGAAAGGGGCAGCUGCAGAAGCCAUCGAGGUCGAGCUUGCUGGCCACGCCGAGGCAAAGUCGAUCGUCGAUUGUAGACGAGAGGUAUUGAGGAGAGGUGAGGAGUGUGCCAUCAGGACACUCUUUCUCUCAACCCCAGCUCUUUGCCCCACACGGUGAGCUCAGUGUCCCACACUCAUCACGGCCCCGCCGUCACCUCCCUCCCAAUAUCAGACCGCCCCUAUUGAUCCCAUCCCUGUCUCGCCUGUCUCCACGUAUACCUUGUCCAGGGGUCAAUCUCUCCACCCGCCUUUCCUCUGGCUCCCUUGGCUCGCUUCUCAUAUUGGUUGAUCGGGAGGUCCGUCCGCGCAUUUUGUGUAUGUGUAAUUCCAUUUCAUUCCUGCUAAGAUU